ACUAGCGACAAGGUGACUCAGAGUGAAACAUGAAGUUCCCGGCACUCGCAUUUCUUGUAAUUUUCCUUUUAUUAGAAGAAGGUUUCUGUCGAGGAAAUGAGAAAAAGAACAAUAAACGUAGACAAGGCCUCGGUAGGAGGGGCAAGUCUGCAAAUAGAGCGUCGAACGUCAAUGUGACGGCCCCUCAUACAUUACAAAGGCUGAGGUUUGGUAACCACGGAAAUUGGUCAUUGUACCAUUCUGGUCGCCUUGAAGUUAACAGAGGCGGGAAAUGGGGGCCAAUCUGUGAUGACAACCUGGAUAUCAUGGACGGUCACGUGGCCUGUAGACAAAUGGGGUUUACGAGGGGUGCUGAGAGGGUAUUUGACAAGUCCUUUUUUGGUUCUGGUCCAUGGAAUUCAAGCGAUAUACUAAUGGAUGAAGUGGGCUGUAUUGGCCAAGAAAAAGAAUUUUUAUCUUGUCCCUAUAGUAUUUAUCAUGACUGUACAUCCAGGGAAUUGGCCUCUGUUGCUUGCAAGGAAAACAUAGGAUGUGAAGAAGGUUGGAUUGCAGGCACAGAAGGUUGUUACAAGCUACAUACCACAGCCAAAAGCUAUCGCAAGGCCGGUAGAAUCUGUUCCAUGGAGGGCGGUCAUUUAACCAACAUUGAAAGCAUUGAAGAACAUAACUUCCUAUCUCGACUUCUUCAUACAGUAGAACAGGACAUCAACAUUUGGAUGAUUGGAGGAAAACGUAAAAAGUCAAGCUGGUAUUGGGAAAAGUUAUUACGCAUUCCAAAGGAAUCAAUAAGAGGACAGAAAAAGAAGAAAAACAAGAAAGGAACCCUCCAAACAAUCAAAUCCAAUAUGACUUACAGCGGGUUCUUUCCAGGUUGGCAGCCAAUAAAUUACAAUAGACAGCCCUCCAAGAAGAAAGGUGAAUACUGUGUAGGCUUAGCCCAUCAAUACCUACAUCCAAAUGGCUCAAUAACGUCUGUCCAGUUUUAUUUCUUUGAUGACAUCAAAUGCAGGAAAAACAAGAAAUACGCCUUUGGAUUCAUAUGUGAGAAACCACUGCGGAAGAUGGACAAACCCAGUACAAGACAAUCUGAUGAAUGUUACUUCGGAAAUGGGGAGACUUAUAGAGGAGAUCAGACAGAAACAACAAUUGGGAGUACUUGUCAGAAAUGGUCCAAAUCAUCAUACAUCAAUGGGAACACUCAUCCUGGAAUGGGUUUAGGAAAUCAUAAUAAGUGCCGUAACCCUGACAACAGUUCAAAGCCCUGGUGUUGGGUGGAUGCAGAUCGUAAUCGCUUUGCUUACUGUUCUGUACAAAAAUGUUCUCCAUCUCAGACUACUCCUGCCAUUUCUUUUAAUGAGGAUUGCUAUGUUAGUGAUGGCGAAUCUUACAGGGGUUUUUAUAACAAAACAAAGAAGGGUUACACCUGUCAAAACUGGCGAUCUUCCUCAAAAGUUAACCCAGCAACACACCCUGGAAAGGGAUUAGGGAAUCACAAUUUGUGCAGAAAUCCUGAUGGGGACACCAAACCCUGGUGCUGGGUGAGGGUUAACCGUAAUGAGUUUGAUUAUUGUGUGGUGCCCCAAUGUUCAGAUUUAGUGACAAAAACUGAACCACCAGUUACCACUACAACAGCACAGAUUGAUUGUCCCGUUAACAAGUUUUUUUGCCACUCAAGUACCGAAGACGUCUGCAUUCCUCAACUGUUUCAAUGUGAUGCUGAAAAAGACUGUCAAAAUAAUGAGGAUGAAGAUAAUUGUGAAUAUAAAAUCCCAUUAUUUACAAAACGUGGAAAUUUUGCAAUCAUGUCCUCCGGAGAGGUGGCUUAUGAAAACAUACCACUAGAACUGUGUGCCAGAUACUGUUUGCAGUCCACUCGGUUUGUCUGUAGAUCCUUCCAUUUUGUAAUUGGAAAGAGAGAGUGUUUUCUGUCAUCAAAAAAUAGAGAGAGGGUCACAUCAAGUGGCAAUUACUCUGCCGUUUAUGACUACUAUGAACUCAAAUCGCAGAUUAGAGGAUGUCCCGGAGAAUUCAAGUGUAAGAAUGGCCGCUGUAUUGAACGAAAUCUACAAUGUAACUCACACGAUGACUGCGGGGAUCUCUCAGAUGAGGAGGGGUGCGUUGAGAAUACUGUUCCUCCUCUGGGAAUUCGUCUAGUGGACGGUGACAAUGGCCAUUCCGGCAGAGUGGAGCUUCAAUACUAUGGGGAAUGGGGAGUUAUAUGUGAUGACAACUGGGACAUUAGAGAUGCAAGAGUUGUCUGCAGAAUGCUGGGCUUCGAGGGAGGAGCAGAGAAGGCUACACGGUUGGGUUCCUUUGGUUAUGGAAAUGGAAACUUUCUCUUGGACGAGGUAAACUGCAAUGGCACCGAGAGAACUUUGGAGGAGUGUGAUAAAGAACCAUGGAAGGAUCAUGACUGCACAUCAUAUGAAGUUGCAGGGGUUGUAUGUUAUCCAUAUAAAGAAUGUACUGAAGAAGAAUUCCAAUGUGAUAAUAAUAAAUGUUUGACAUCUCAACAAGUAUGCGACGGUACAGAUGAUUGCUCAGAUCACUCGGAUGAAAACAGAUGUGAUAUACAAGUUAACCUGGUGAAUGGAAAUGGCCCAAACAGUGGGAGAGUUGAAAUAGUAAGGAAUGGACUCAAAGGGACCAUUUGUGAUGAUGGCUGGUCAGAUAAAAGUGCUGCUGUUGUCUGCAGAAUGCUUGGCUUUCUAGGUGGCCAGGCAAAAUUCGACGCAACCUUUGGGGCAGGUUCAGGGGUCAUCUGGCUUGAUGAUGUUGAGUGUCAUGGUAAUGAAUCCUCUCUGUUGGAAUGUUCUAGCAGACCCUGGGGAGAACAUAAUUGUGGUCAUACAGAGGAUGCAGGUGUUAUUUGUGAAGGUGCUACAGAUGUUACUACCAGAAAAUCCACCACAACUACAGAGUCCACUAUUCAAUCAUCCACAGUGAGGAUCAGACUGGUUGAUGGUGGAGCUGCCAGUAGAGGUCGUAUAAAGAUUUGGUAUAAAGGGAGAUCAGGAUCUGUCUGUGAUGAUGACUUUGAUGGCAAGGAUGCCAAUGUUGUCUGUAAUAUGCUUGGAUACAGUGGUGGUAAACCUUCUAAGCUGUAUGGUCCUGGUAAGGGCACUAUCUGGCUUGAUAGUCUGAACUGUCAUGGAAAUGAAUCCAACAUCCAGGAUUGUAAACAUGUUGGAUGGGGAGUCUCAGAUUGUAAACAUGAAGAAGACAUUGGUGUUGAUUGUGAAGAUGAGUCUGUUUCUGCUCCAGAAGUGAGAGUCCGGUUGAUUGAGGGAAAUGUUCCCAAUGAAGGGCGAGUGAUGUUAAUUGUGCAAAAUAAGACAGGGACUGUAUGUGACGACUUCUUCACUGAUAUAGAGGCCAGAGUAAUUUGUCACAUGCUUGGCUACAGAGGUGGUGUAGUUGCAGAGGAAGGUUACUUUGGUCCGGGUUCAGGAAUUACUCUUCUUGAUGAUGUCAAGUGCCAGGGAACAGAGAAAUCCAUAUCUCAGUGUAGACACAAUGGAUGGGGCAUCAACAAUUGUGAACAUUCUGAGGAUGUGGGUGUUAUUUGUGAUGCCCCUUCCACCACAUUAUCUCCAACAACAAUAGAUCAAAGCUCAGAUAAAAUAAAAAUUCGUUUAGUGAACAACUUAAGUGGGGUUAAGAGCCUGGGAACAAUAGAAAUAAACCACAAGGGGGUCAAUGGAACUGUGUGUGAUGACGAUUGGGACGACCUUGAUGCCAAAGUCGUGUGCAGAAUGUUGGGAUACAGGAGUGGGGCAGCGGUAUCCAAUGCCCGAUUUGGACAAGGGACUGGUCCUAUUUACCUGGAUGACGUGGCUUGCAAUGGUGAUGAGGAUUCUUUGCUAGAUUGUGAUAAUGCUGGAUGGGGCAUCAAUAACUGUGGUCAUUCUGAAGAUGCUGGUGUUAUAUGUUAUGCUGAUGAUGCCUUUUCUACAGAUGAUUUGAAUGAACUCCCUUCAGAGUGCGGCCAACGUCCAAUGGAAUCGCUGAUCAACUCUAGACGAAGAAGAGACACGGAGGAGAGAACAGUUGAGGAAUGGCGACCUCCACUAAAGAUAUUUAGUGGAUUUAAUGCUGACUAUGGAAUGUUUCCGUGGCAAGUGGCCAUUAGGAAAAUCAUCUUUAAAACAAGAACCAGACAAAUAGAUGCACAUCACUGCGGAGGAACCAUUCUCAGUCCAUCCUGGAUUCUAAGUGCUGCACAUUGUUUUGAUGAUGAGGUGAAAUCAAGGCUGCUAGUUAGAGUUGGAGAUUUGAACAACAAGGACCCAGAUCCCUACGAAGAAGAAUUUGAAAUAGAAGAAAUUUACAUGCAUGAGGAGUAUGAUGAUGUAACUUAUGUCAAUGACAUAGCCUUGAUAAAGAUAACUCCUAAAGAUGGUCGUGGUAUAACAAUGGGUUUGUACGUUCAGCCUGUCUGUCUGCCAACAGAAACCACAGUGUACGACGUAGAUCUGGAUUGUUACAUAUCUGGAUGGGGCAAAACGGAAUUGGGAUCACCAAAUCUCCUUAAAUAUGCACAAAUUCCGAUUAUAAAGCAGAGGACAUGCCGAAGACUUUACAAAGGUUCCUUGUCUGACAGUAUGUUCUGUGCAGGGUACAUAAAGGGUGGAGCUGAUACCUGUCAAGGGGACAGUGGGGGACCCAUGGUCUGUAAAGUCAAUGGUAAAUAUACUGCAAUGGGGGCAACUUCUUGGGGAAGAGGCUGUGGGGAUCCUAAUUCUCCAGGGGUGUAUACCAAUGUCAAAAGUCAUCUACAGUGGAUCAGAGAAAAACUCGCCGCAUAAUAUUUUAAAAGUGUAUCUGUGGACUUCUUAAAAUAUAUUUUGCUACAUGUAUAUUACUAUAGUUACCUCAGUGCAAUAUUGGUUGUAAAUUCUGUUUUCAGGAUGUUUGUAAUCAGAUUACAGAAUUCAUCUUCAUGGUUUUUUUUUCUGCAUCUUAGGAAUGGAUUUUUAAAUAAUAGUGUUUUAUUAUACCAUGAAUAAAU